AUUCAUUUUAUGUUACAUUGUUAAAUUUGUUACACAUAACUCUAAAAAGCAUGUAUUCAAAAAAUUCCAAAAAUAUUGUACAUAUUGGUGAUUUGGGGGACAACCAAACGGCCCCUAAUUUAACAUUUGGAGACGAGGAAUAUAGAAAUGCUUCUGGGCUGAGCGGUUUUCUUCUCCAUAUAUCCAUGACGGAUUUGGACGACAUUGAUCUGGAACCGGAGGACUUGGAGUCUUCAGUCCCUCUGAAGAAGGUGCCCCACGGAGAUGUCUUCGAGGCCUCUAGGGCCGGCGACGUCGACCGGCUCCGGUACCUGCUCGAGACCGGCGUCAACGUGAACGCCAGGGACCAGUGGGACUCCGCCGCGCUCUACUACGCGUGCCUCGCCGGCCACCUCGACGCGGCCAGGAUGCUCCUGGAGAGCGGCGCGAUUUGCUCGGAGCACACAUUCGACGGCGACCGCUGUCACUACGCCGCCCUGAAUCUGAAGGUUCGCAAGCUCCUCAAGGCGUUUGAGGCUCGACCGCCCCCUCUCGCCCCCUUGCAGGCCGCCCUCAGGGACACCUUCUUGGGAUGCUCGGCAAAUGCUUGUGGAUUUCCGGCUGAGCGACAAUCCCAGGGUUCUUACUCCUCAAUUCCAGGUAAUGGAGGUCCCUGCUUGAGCCACUUUCCACCAGAUGUUGUAUUUUAUUUGCAAGGGAAGCCUAUUGAAGCUCAUAGAGUCAUUUUGAGUGCAAGAUCACCUUUUCUCAAGAAAAAAUUCCAAACAGUGUGGAAGGAUCGCAAAGAAGUCCGAUUCUCAAGGGAAAAGCUCUCAUACCCCGCACUUUACAGCCUUAUCCAGUUCUUUUAUUCUGACAGACUUGAGGUAGCCGUAGAUGACAUGGAAGAUCUUAUCACAAUUUGCAAAGUCUGCAAAUGCGAGUCAUUGCGAAUUCUUCUGGAGAAAGAGUUGAUUCAUCAAAGACAUGCUAAUUAUAAAGCCCUCUGGGAUGUGGAUAACUCUCAAAAGCGGUAUAUCUUGCAGGGACUUUCGCUUCCAGAAGAAGAUCGUCUUUCGACUGCAUUGCACAAGAUACUUCAAACAUCUAUUUCCCACUCUCCUAAUCAAAGGAAGAAUCUGGAAAGUGACAUUGAUGAUGGUCUUGUAUCCAGUAUUGGUUCAAUGCAGAUGAUUGAUGAUUCCGAAGAAGAUGAUCUUGCAGAUGUAUGUGUGAAAGUUGAGGAGACGGUUUUUCGGUGCCAUCAGGUGAUAUUAGCUUCAAGGUCUGAGUAUUUCAAGGCAAGGCUAUCUCGCAUGAAGGAUUUUCUUGAAGGACAUAAUGGCUUACCUUAUGGUAAAUUAUUAUGCCUUGAGGAGCAUGACCUAAGUAGUGCAGCUUUUGAGAAAAUGAUUGAGUAUAUGUACACGGAUGGCUUGAAGGACAUAGACCCAGAUCAGGCUGAAGAAUUGUUUGAUGCUGCUUCAAGGUACCUGCUAUUUCCCCUUAAGCGUGCAGCGGCAGAUGUUUUGCUGCCUCAUCUAGAAAUGGUGUCUCCUGCAAAGUUGUGCCAUUGGCUGAUAUUGUCGGACAUGUACGGUGUAUUGAAGAUACGGGAGUACUGUCUUGAUGCAAUGGCUUGUAACUUUGAGACAUUCGCAGAGAUGCCAGAGUUCAGGGCAAUGCUGUUGACACUGCCACCGCCUUCCGGGGAUUCAACGCUCCGUACCUCCGCUCCGAGCGCACCUGGAGCCGGGGUGAGGAGCGCGCCAGCCGAGGGUGGGAAUGUUCUGGAUGAUUUGAGGGAGAAAUGGCUCGAGGCCGAAGCUGCUGACCUGGACAAAAGAGACGAGAGUGCUUUGCUUUUCGACAAGCGCCUCGAGAUGCUCAUGCAUUUGGCUGCAGCUGAACGCGAUACGGUGGUGAUACCCCCCACACAACCAGAAAGAAGACUAUUACAGUGAGAUCUCAUUAGCUGUGUUUAUUAUUUCCUUCUCAAUGCAUGGCUGCCCUUUUUAAUCUCCAGUUGCUAAGUUUUAAUGUACGGAGUAUAUUGUAGGGGAAAAUGUGAAAGUUAAUGUUAACCACAUCAAUAAAAACAGUUUGCUUUUAAGUGUAGGGGUGGGGCAUAUUAGUUACUGUAUAAUCUCCAUAUGGCGCCAUUUUUUGUAAUUUUUUAUGACAGUUCUUUUAUCCAAUAAAAUGGUACGCCCUAG